AUGCUCGCAAGGGGCGGGCUCAACAUGAAGCAUUGGGCCUCCAAUGAACCCAAGGUAUUGGAAGGUCUACCUCCAGAUGCUAUACACCAACAACUUCAAUUAGACGAUGGGUCAACGCUCAAGACACUGGGAGUGUAUUGGGACGCACAGGCUGACUCCAUUACGUACACAGUGAAGCCAGUACCUUCAGGGGAAAGGGUAACCAAGAGAACAAUCAUGUCUGAAGUUGCCAAAAUUUAUGAUCCUCUGGGGUUACUAGGUCCAGUCAUUCAGACUGCCAAAACGAUCAUUCAAAAGCUCUGGAAGUCAAGUUUAAGCUGGGAUGAGUCGAUCCCUAGCAGCAUUCACACAGAAUGGAAUGCAUAUUGUGCUGAACUAAAUCAGCUCAAUGAAAUUUCGUUUCCACGUAAAAUUUGCCCAUCAAAGGGCAAGGAAUUGCAAUUGCAUGGAUUCAGUGAUGCGAGUGAGGUAGGCUAUGGUGCCUGCAUUUACAUACGCUCAACAGACAGCCAAGGAAUUGUGCACUCCACGCUUUUUUGUGCUAAAUCCAAGGUAGCACCUGUCAAAAAAGUUAACAUUCCUCGCCUAGAACUGUGUGAAGCGCUGCUGCUCUCCAAACUGUACCAGAGGGUCAGAUCAGCCCGCGAAAUCCCCAUCAAAAGAACAGUGUUCUGGUCUGAUUCAAUGAUCACGUUAUAUUGGAUCAAGAAGUCCACAGAUUCACUGAAAACAUUUGUGGGAAAUCAGGUUUCAGAAAUCCAGACAAUCACUCAGGGAUGUGAAUGGAGACACAUUCCUGGCGUGAGUAAUCCAGCUGAUGCCUUAUCCAGGGGCCAAUCCCCAUCAUCAUUCAUGAGCAAUGAGCUGUGGAAAACUGGACCAUCCUGGCUGAUAGAAGCAGAAGACAACUGGCCGGCUAAUCCAAUCACUGAGCCAGUCGAAGAUUCUGAGGUCAAACGAGUCACCGUGAUGAGAACUUCCCUGAUCGAUACAACACUGUUUGAAAAAUACUCAUCAAUUAACAAACUGAAAAGAAUUAUUGCCUACCUUUUGCGAUUUAAGUUAAGCAAUACGUAUAAAGGUCCAGUACAACCGGAGGAAUUAAUUGAAGCCGAGAAGAUAAUCAUCAAAAUGGUGCAAAGAUCAACAUUCCCUCGAGAGCUUCGUGACCUUCAAAACAAAGAGCCAGUAGGAGACAAGAGUAAACUGCAAGGUUUAAAUCUUUUCCGGCGAGAGCACACAUAA